AUGAGCGAAACACCCGCCCAAGUCGUCAGGCACGCGCGCCAUUCCACCGCCAUUUCGCCGCCCCCGAGAAACCGACUUUCCGAUGAUAUUCUUGCCAAUCUAAGCCCGCGCACUGUCGUCGAUGCGCUCAACACCGCUACGGGUGCCCUACGGGCAUCCCUAGACAAUUCUUCUGCUGCCGAACGAGAGUUUACCAUGCGAACAGCCAUCGCGUCCAACACUAUUUGGGGAUGGUUUAUUGAACUACAAUCCUGGCCGUGGCCAUCUGAGCCAGGACCUUCUGGAUUCUUGAUGCCCAGUAACAAAGAGCUUAAAAGAAGAUCAAUGCAGCUCAACAUACCCGAGGAGGGAGAAGAUCAGUGGAUGGGGAGCUUUCUCGCUCGAGAUGUUGCGAAAUAUGAACGGAGACUGGCUCAAAUCCAAGGUGAUUUGGCUGGCCUUGAUAUCGAGGAUAUCAAGGCAAAUGUUCUCAACAACCACAUCCUUCCUUUGUCUAGACCAGGAACACCGCUCUCUGAAUUUACCGAAGUCGGCCAGCUAUCCCGUUCUAGCUAUGGACGGAUGCGGGAUCAUACAGCCGUGAUCACUGCGAUCGUCUUACAUGCUCUGCCUAUUCUAAACAAGCUAACUCGCUUGUUGCACAUUUGGAACGUACGACUCUGCGCCUUAAGCCGCGUCCCAACUCUUCUACUUGCCAUUGAAGAUGCCGAAGUUGCUCUUGAAUCCGCCUUCAAGGCUAUUUCCUUACCCCCGAAAGAUGCCCCUGAAACAGAUCCGAAAACGCCCCCAAAAGCCUCGAUACUCGAGAGAAAGACGUUCGAUGUGAUGAAGGAGCAUCUCGAGCAAUUGAUCGUACGCCCGGGCCGAUCACUUGAUUAUCUACUCGAUUGCUUGGAGGGACUGCCCGAUACCCUACCCUCAGACUGGCUGGAUCGUAUGGAAGCUGUGGAGUCGAAUUAUGGUGACUGGGCUGUUGUCUGUGAGAGGAAGAUAAGAGAAACCGAAAAGGCUGCCGCAGCUGCACCACCACCAGAACCUCCUCGGUCUCCUUCGCCAGUCAAAGAGGAUUCGGAAAUCAAAGGGAUUCCUGCGACUGGUGACAGCCCAACCAGCAACGAGUUUAACGACGAUGAUGACACCUCUACCGAAUCCGACACCAGUGUGGCACCCAUCCCGCUCCUCCUACCACCCAAGAUCGUGUCAUCUGUUAGCUCUAGCACAUCAACCAUUGAGCCCACAAAACCCAGGGUGUCCUCAGGAAUCUCUGAAUCUGAGACUGAGACUGUUGUGCCAGAGUGGUACAAGAGAGACUCGUCGCCCGAGAGUGAACCUGGCAACUUGUCGUUUCUUCCCAUUGAAGAAGUCGACGAAACUCAAGAUGACAACGAAACCUUCGAUAGUACCAGAGAUUUCGUGCCAGCUACUCCUUAUGCCCCCACACCAAGCAUCGAGCAUGAUUUCGAUUUCUCAGCAAUGAUGUCCCAGACGCCUAAGACGCCUAACAAGACGCCCAAUAAGACACCUAACCGCGGCUACUCACACGCUUUCGAUCGGGAUGUUUCUCCUGAACUACCGCCCCUUCGUCCACUACCCCUACCCAGGCAGCAGAGCGACAGGCUCGCCGCCACCCGUCGUUCAUCAAGCUAUUUCUAUGGCCUAUCGAGUGACCUCCCUGAGGUUUCUGCUUCCCCUGAUAUCCCCAGGGCCCGGGUCCAUGAAGCAGAAUACAUGCAGGCCAGUCCGCCUAGCUCUCCACCUAUGCCAGCCGCCGAUUCUCGUCAAUCAUCAUUAGCACCUUCCCCCCUGUUGCCAUCAUAUCGGAACAUGGAUGAUCUCGACAUGUCCAGCAUGCAGAUGGAGGACUCUUUUACUGAAGACUUUGACGACUCCUUUUCCAUCUCUGAGUAUUCCACAGUCGUUGAUCGACGAAACAGUGCUGCUGACCAGCACAUGCAGCAGCAGAUCAGUCAAAUCAUCGACUCCAUACCAGCUAAGAUCAAGCUGACGACUGAAUCAUCAAGAGUCAACUUGAACCCCCCUGACUUGCAACUACCACGUAUCAGGAAGAGGCCUUCCGUAGAGCCGUUCAAGAGAAGCACCUCGAGUAUUUCCUCUAGAGCCGGCACGCCAUCUUUCACUCUAUCCCCUGCAAAGAACACAAGGGUGCGACACCGUGGCAAUCAUGAGAUUAAGAUUUACCAUCUGUCACGAUCAACUGGCGAGGCUCCAAUCAAGCUCUUUAUCCGCUGCGUUGGUGAGCAGGGUGAACGUGUCAUGGUUCGCGUAGGUGGUGGAUGGGCAGAUCUUGGCGAAUACCUCAAAGAUUACGCCAGCCAUCACAAACGCCGAUCUGCCGCAGCCAAUGCCAAGGUCGAAGUUCUCCCAGAAUCCCCUGGUGCGAGAAAAUCCAAUGUGGGCUCAAGCCCAGGUGGUCGGUCUCAGUCUGCAGUAGAGACGUCUCCCAUGUCUCCUCUGUCCGUCCGUAAGAGCCGACGGAGUGCUGGUGCUAUGGGUAGCGAAGCACCACAGUUCAAUCUUCGAACGCCCGGCAAUGAGCCAUCACCUGGUGAUGAGGGUUCAUUUUCGGAAGUGUUCCAGCGGUCCAGAUCAAACUCCUACAGCUGGAAAGACGACGACAGUUCUUUCCUUGGACUCGCCGGGCCCACAAGCAAGAAGGUCGAGAUGAGCGAGGAGAAUAAAGCCUGGGUCGCAAGUGUCAAGGAGAAGGUCAGACUCGCUAGUGGCGAGCGACGAAUUCCAUCAUCAAGCAGCCAGUUCGGCGAACUUGGCAAAGUUGGUGGUACGAAGCGAGUCUUUCUCAAGUCCGAAGACCGUCGGGAUUCGAAGGGGGCCCGUGAAUCAAGAGGAGGUCGCGAAUCACGAGGGAGCGUCAGAUGA